UAUUUUUUAUUUAUUCUAAAAGCAUGCAGGUAGAAUUAGUUAAUUGGUUUGAAUUGAGUCCAUUUUCUUUAGAAAUAAAGCCUCGUUUCAGUGAGCUGAGAGGAGAGCAGCAGAUGUAAUGAACCAGUGGGUGGACAUGUCCCUCUCCUCUCCUCUCCUCUCCUCUCCUCUCCUCUCCUCUCCUCCGCAGUGCACUUUGCAGCUGAGCAGCUCUCCGGACAGGACGCUCCUCCUCCUCCUCCUCCUCCUCCCUGUGAGAGUAAAGGACUGAAACAGUGGCGCUGGCUGUUAUAGAGAAGCUGCAUCCUCUGGCGCAGAGGUCCUGGAUAGAGGCGCGCGAUGCUGCGGACUCAUUGAUAAAAAAAAAAAAAAUCUGCGCCGCUGGAAUAAAAAUGAGCUCUCCUGCUGAGCGGCUCUCCUCCUCCUCCUCCUCCUCCUCCUCCUCCUUCUCCUCCUCCUCUUCCUCCUCCACAUAGCGCUGCAUUCUUUGCUCCAGAUCUGUUUUAUGUGACUCCAGCACACGAAGCAGGAUGACUACAUUAUCACUGGUGGUUCUGUGCGCUCUGGUGACGUUAGGGACGGCGUCCAAGACGGAGCGGGCUUUGAUUCUGGACUGUGACUCCGGCCAGUACACCACAGGAGGGGAGUGCUGCGUGGAGUGCUCACCUGGAGAGGGAGUGGUGAAGGAGUGCGGCGCCACGCAGACGGUCUGCGCUCAGUGUUUGGACAGCGAGACGUUCUCGGAGCACUACAGCCACACAGAGAAGUGCAUGCCGUGCACCGAGUGCACCGGCCUGAUGCGCAUGGAGACCCCCUGCACCGACUCCAACGACGCCAAGUGCGUCUGCAACUACAACUACUUCUACAACAAGAUGUCGGAGCAGUGCGAGCUGUGCACCGUGUGCCCCGUGGGGCAGGGCGUGUUCUCUCACUGCGAACACGACCACGACACGGUGUGUGAGGAGUGCGUGGACGAGACRUUCUCCGACCGCGAGAGCUCCCUGGAACCCUGCUUACCCUGCACCAUCUGCGACGAGGAGACGGAGACCGAGGUGGCCAAGUGCACGCCCACCACUGACUCCGUCUGCUACAAUCCCAACCUCCCUACGUACGACCCUCCCAUUUCUGACCCACUUCCAUCUUCCGAUGGCGACCUGUUCCUCGACGUCUCCGACAGCCCGCUGCCCAGCGGCGAGACCACCACGUCCAGCGCCGGCUCCCCUCACUUCAUCGGCCAAGGCCUGAAUGAAAACCUCAUCCCCAUCUACUGCUCCAUCCUGGCUGCGGUGGUGGUGGGCCUGGUGGCCUACAUCAUGUUUAAAAGGUGGAAUAGCUGCAAACAAAACAAGCAGGCAGCUAAUAACCGGACGGCUACAAACAACCAGAUGGUGACACCAGAAGGAGAGAAGCUGCACAGCGACAGCGGCAUCUCAGUGGACACUCAGAGUCUGCAGGAACAGCAGCAGCAACAACAACAAGCCCAGGCCGAAGUGCAGCCUCAGCCUUCACGCUCACACACACAGGAACAGAUAGUGGUGAGCGUGGACGGCAGCCCCCAGCCCGACUCGCCUCCCCCUAAAGUCUGAGGAGAAGGUGGACGAAGGGGAGACGUCUGAGGAUGGGGAGAGCAGAAACUGAGACCUAAACCAUGGACCAAAGUGAAGGAUGUGGGGAGUGGGGGCUGGCACAGAGCGCAAAACAAACAGAUAACAGAAGUGGGCUCAGGAAAACCCACCGGACCUACAUGGACCAUGAGUGUAACUCUGCAGCGUGCCUGAACAACAUAUUUGUGGCAAUAUAAAACACAAGAACCAGUGUUAUAUCUCAUACUAAGACCUGUAGCUGCCAGUUUAUCCAACUUUUCUUUUASUUUCAUCAUUGAUGAAACAUUCAUAAGCAGACUAUYAUUUUUGUUUACUUUWUUURCCUUUGRAUCAGAACAAGCAGGGCAUUUUGAUGUUCGUCUCGUAUUUCUCUGUGGRGUCCCACUCUCAGACGAUCCUCGGCCCCUCUCUGUAGGAUUCACUCUAUUAGACACCCACRGUCAUCAGAGCUACUGAAAGCAGCAGGGGUGCCAUGAGUCACUCCCAUCUUCUUCUGCAAUUUAUUCUCCCUGUAUCAUUUAACCGCCGAUCUGUUUCUCCUCAUAUUAUCUCGUAACGUGGGACCGUCUGAGACUCGCUGAUCCAAGUGACUCAUGUUUGGAUGAGAGAUCAUUAUUUUUCAGCCUGCUCAGUAAUCAGCUUCGACGGUUCUGCCUCUGCUCCAGCUACAUGAACUCCCRUGCUCUCAGCGCCUCCAGAGAUUGUGUUUCUGCAAACUUCUCGGUCGCAACGUGACGUACUCGAAGUGUUCGUCUCGUGGCUGGGGCUCCACGGCUGAUUCAGCGGGCCCCUUCCUCUGGAAGAACAUKUCUGGACUGUGCUGACUCACUGAGACGACGGGAACGGGGGAAGCCAUCUGUGGAUUAAAAAAAAAAAAGGAGCAACAGCAUCAUCACUGCUAAUUAAUCUGAAAAUGAGACUGAAGCGAUCGGCAGCACGGAAUCCCAUCUAUAAUCAUUCACACAUCCUGAGCAGAAAAUUGGGACGCUCCUCUGAGAGGGGGAGGAUGAAAGAGCCCCCCCGCCUUCACCGUUUUGCGUAGAAGCUCAUCAGUGUUGCAGAGCGAUAAGCAGUGCUCAGGGAGCAGCGUUUUGUCGUCACAUCCAAACAAAGCCCCUCCCGACAGGCAGGUAGUAAUUACCUCAGGGUUUCGGUGUCGUUUCUCCUCUGCUCCGCUCUCAUCAGGAUUAAAGCUGCAGCUUCAGCGUGACAUUACACAUCUCUWAUCCACGUCUGAAAUCGCCUACAUUUACUGCAUUUGUGAUAUGAAGCACUUAGUCCAGGCUCACUGCGUGGUACUGUUUAUUAUAGAAGGCCACCUUUUUGUGCCCAUCCCCCUCCUGCUGCUGCUGCUGCUCGCAGUAACUGUAGAAAACUUGUAAAGAAAACUGUAGCCGAGCUUGACUGCAUCCAUUCUUUACAGGUGGAUUCUCAGGAUUCCUUCUGUUGUAGUUCUACUGAGAUUAUUAAACCAGGAGGAUUAUAUUUAACAGGAUGUUGGAUUACGAUGAGGCACCGAGUGUAAAGUGAAAUGUUAAAAAAUAUCACAUAUUUUUCAUUAUUUAGCUCAAGUGUUUAAAAAUUUCUACCAACAUUUUAUUAUUUAGCUCACUGUUCGUACAUGAAGCUAAUUUUUCACUAAAUGAUAAACUAAAAUGUUAAGAAAUAUAUUUAAAUAUUAAAUCCUAUAUCUAAAUGUUUAAAUCUAAACAUAAAGUUGUUAGCCACCGUUAGCAGCAGCUAGCAUAAAUGCAGUGGCCAUUGUUGAUGUUAGUCACAGGAUGAUGACAUCAUCCUGGUUAUGUGCUGCUAACGCUGAUAAUGCUGCUAAAGCUAAUAUUUAAAAUCUAAAUUAAAAAUGUGUUCAUAAAAACAA